AUGAGCCGGCUGGCUCUCGGGGAGGGCGGUGAUGACUCUGAACCAAUUGACGAGAUUCUUUUUCAGCAACAGUCCCCUAGCAAGCGUCGUAGGGAAGAACCCAAGGACAUACGGGCCAAACUCGAACGCGACUACCUCACACCAUCCCCGACAUUCUCUACAGAAUGGCUUGACAAGCUGCAACAGCGCUGGGAAGCUCCUGUCGACUACGCUGAUCUCUUCGCCAUGGCCCCAACCCAGUCGCGCACCGUCGUCCGCUUCCAGCGCCAGGGCCUCGAGGGCCGCAUUGUAGGCUACGACACCGUCACCGUGCCCGCUGCCAGCGCAACCGCCAAGAACUCGACCUCGAUGCUGCGCAAGCCGGGUAACAAUGCCGAUUUCGUCAGGGGUGCUGCCGGCUUCUUCCCCUUUGCCCCGGGUGGCCUGGACAGCGUCGAGGCUGCUGCUGCUCUCGACGAGCAGCUGCUACGUGCACGUGGUGGCGGUGGCGCUUCCAAUGCUGCAGAUGGCAAGAGCAAACUAGAACGCAUCAUACCGAUGGGUGACAAGGAUGGGUUGUUACAAGUGGCCCCGGGUUUGUCAAGAGGCAUAGAUUUGACCCUAAAGAAGAAAACUAAGGUGGAGGAGGCCGAGGAAGUAGCCGUAAUGGAUGAGCUUGAUCAGGAGCCCGAGGCACCGCCCACUGCCGACGACGAGGAUGCGGGGCUUGGCGUGGUUGCAUCCCAAAAGAUAAAUGUCGAAGGGGCCGACCCUGGUACGCCCGAAGCCGGUGGCGAGGAUGAAGAGCUGGAUGCAAUCCUGCCAGUCGAAUUCCCUGCCCUUGAGCCGCAUGGACAGCUGGCUGCAUCAUCGGCGCGCAAUGCAGGGCGAGAAUGGGCACACAUGGUGGACGUCAAGCGAGAUUUUGCCAAUUUCCGCGAACUGGUACCCGACAUGGCGCGCGAGUGGCCAUUCGAGCUCGAUACCUUCCAAAAGGAGGCUGUCUACCACCUGGAGAACGGCGACAGUGUCUUUGUGGCGGCGCAUACAUCGGCUGGUAAGACGGUAGUGGCCGAGUAUGCCAUUGCACUCGCAGCACGCCACAUGACAAAAGCUAUCUACACCAGUCCCAUCAAGGCGUUGAGCAAUCAAAAAUUCCGUGAUUUCCGUCAGACGUUCGACGAGGUUGGAAUUCUGACGGGUGACGUUCAGAUCAACCCUGAGGCAAGCUGUCUGAUUAUGACCACGGAAAUUUUACGCAGUAUGCUUUACCGCGGUGCCGAUAUGAUACGCGACGUCGAAUUUGUCAUAUUUGACGAGGUUCACUAUGUCAACGACUACGAGCGUGGUGUAGUUUGGGAGGAGGUCAUCAUUAUGCUCCCCGACCAUGUGUCGCUGAUCCUACUGUCGGCAACCGUCCCCAACACUUAUGAGUUUGCCUCUUGGGUUGGAAGAACAAAGAAGCGGGACAUAUACGUUAUUUCAACCCCUAAAAGACCCGUUCCGUUAGAACACUAUCUCUGGGGUGGAAAGACUAUUCACAAGAUUGUCGACUCAGACAAGAAGUUCCUCGAAAAGGGCUGGAAAGAUGCUAACAAUGCCAUCCAAGGCAAGGACAAGGUGAAGCCGCCGGCCAAUGGUGCUGCCGCCGCAGGUGGUGCUGGCAAUCAGCGCGGGGGCCGCGGUGGAAGAGGAGGUCCGCAGGGCCAGCAGCGAGGGGGUCGUGGGGGGUCCAGAGGCGGCGGAGGCGGCGGCAGAGGUGGUAGUGGUCCUCCUCGAGCCAGCCAUGCCCCCGGCCACAUGGGAAGAGCUGGACGACAAGGCGGGUUCACAUCCAGGGCCCAAGACCAAACCCUUUGGGUCCACCUGGUAAACUACCUCAAAAAUAACACUCUACUCCCUGCCUGCAUCUUCGUCUUCUCCAAGAAGCGGUGCGAAGAGAACGCAGAUGCACUUAAAAAUCAGGACUUUUGCACUGCCAACGAGAAAAGCGCGAUACAUAUGACCAUUGAACGAUCUAUCGCUCGCCUUAAACCCGAGGAUCGCGUACUUCCCCAGAUAAUACGGCUGCGGGGGCUUUUGUCUCGCGGGAUUGCUGUUCAUCACGGUGGUCUGCUGCCCAUCGUAAAGGAGAUCGUUGAAAUCUUGUUUGCACAGACACUGGUCAAGGUGCUUUUCGCCACCGAGACGUUCGCCAUGGGGCUAAACCUUCCCACUCGCACCGUCGUGUUCUCUGGAUACCGCAAGCACGAUGGCCAUUCUUUCCGAAAUCUUCUCCCCGGCGAGUACACGCAGAUGGCCGGCAGAGCAGGCAGACGAGGGCUCGACACUGUCGGAUCGGUCAUUAUAGUGCCCCCUGGCGGAGGGGAUGAGGCGCCUCCAGUGGCCGAGCUGAAUAAGAUGAUCCUAGGCGAGCCCUCAAAAUUGCGGUCACAGUUCCGUUUGACGUACAAUAUGAUACUCAAUCUAUUGCGCGUUGAAGCCCUCAAGAUCGAGGAAAUGAUUAAGCGUAGUUUCUCCGAACACGCAACGCAGCAGCUUCUCCCAGAGCACGAGAAAGCGGUCAAACUGUCAGAAGCCGACCUCGCAAAGGUCAAGCGCGACGCAUGCAAGAUUUGUGACGAGGAUAGCUGCAUGGACGAGUGCCAUCAGGCUGCGCAAGACUACCGUCAGCUUACCCAAGAGCUGUACGCAAAGCUGAUUGCCAUUCCUAUAGGGCGCAAGAUGUUCAGCCCGGGAAGACUGGUCGUAUACUCAAAGGACGGCGUGCGCACCGCUGGUGUACUGCUCUCCGAAGGGGCCAGUACCAAGAGCGGCAUGAACAGCCUGGCACUCCACGUCUGUGGCAUCCGCAACUUGCGCGAGUCGCGCGACAACAGCGACAUCCUGCCUUUCAUUCCUGGCUGGGGCCGAUACUACACUCCACUACAUGCGCAGGCCAACAGGCGGAGCGUUUCCUACAAGACGCUCCAUGUCCCACUUUCGGAUGUCGAGUGUCUUACCGGAUAUAUAACCAGGGGCAUCGUGCCGGAGAUUUUCCAGGGAGGAGAUGCGCAUGCAGGAGCGACCAAACAGCUCAGGCAAAUCGCAUCCAAGUGGGAUGCCGAGUGGUGGGCUGAAGCGGACCUAUCCAAACUACGAAACUUGCAAUUUCAAGAACUCGUCAACAAGCGUAAAGAGGCCGAGAUCAAGGCUACAAGUUCCAAGUCAUUGAACUGCCCACAGUUCCUGAAGCACUUCGCCAUGUGUCACGACCAGUGGCUGAUCAAAGAGAACAUACAGCAGCUGCGCCAGGCGCUGUCGGACCAAAACUUGCAGUUGCUGCCAGACUACGAACAGCGCAUACAGGUGCUGCGGGAACUCAACUUUAUCGACCAGUCGUCCCGAAUCCAGCUCAAGGGCAAGGUGGCGUGCGAGAUUCACAGCGGCGACGAGCUGGUGCUCACGGAACUAAUCCUAGACAAUGUGCUGGCUGACUAUGAGCCGGCCGAGAUCGCCAGUUUGCUGUCGUGCUUUGUGUUCCAGGAGCGGACCGACUCGGAACCAGCUCUAACGGCGCGCCUCCAAAAAGGACUGGAAACCAUUGUCGCGAUAAGCGAGAAGGUCAACAACGUCCAGACGCUGCACCAGGUGUUGCAGGUAGGCGACGAGUCGGCCGAUUUUGCGAGUCGUCCGAGGUUCGGGUUGAUGGAGGUUGUGUAUGAGUGGGCUCGAGGAAUGAGUUUCAAGAACAUCACGGACUUAACCCCGGUGCUUGAGGGCACCAUUGUGAGAACAAUCACACGGCUGGAUGAGACGUGCCGUGAGGUAAAGAAUGCGGCCAGGAUCAUUGGAGACCCGGAGCUAUACCAAAAGAUGCAGGCGGCGCAGGAAAUGAUCAAGCGCGACAUCACCGCCGUCGCCAGUCUGUACAUGUAA